AUGUUUUAUUUUAGACUCCGAAAUAUUCAUAAUAAUAAUUUUAUACAUCGAGAUAUCCAUAGUGGAAAUAUGUUAUUAUCUCGAUGCUAUUGGAGAGUUGGAGACUUAGGAUUAUCACAACCUGCAAAUAAUUCAUCAUCAAAUAAUGAAAUAUAUGGAGUGGUACCUUAUAUCGCACCAGAAAUAUUUAAAGGUGCUGCAUUUUCAAAAGAAUCUGAUGUAUAUAGUUAUGGUAUGAUCAUGUGGGAACUUACAACAGGUUGUAAACCUUUUGCCAAUAUUGAACACAAUGUUGAACUUAUUUGUGAAAUUAUUGAUGGAAAACGCCCUGAAAUUACAAAUGAUACCCCUGAAUGUUUUGCUAAUUUAAUGAAAAAAUGCUGGGAUUCUGACCCUUUAAAAAGACCAACUAGUUAUGAAAUCGAGAAUUCUUUUAGCAAAAUGCAUGGAGGCGGCGAGGUAUUUGAACAAGCUGAAAAAAAAAGAUUGGAAUUAAUAAAAUUAAAGCAACUUGGACCAGAAUUUAGUGAAAAAUCUCAUCCGAAAGCAAUUUACACAAGUAGAGCAUUAAGUUCUUUAAUUUCUAAAGCUUCAACUAUGAGUUCGAUGAUCUCAUUAAAUGUGAAACAAGAAUAUAUUACACAAGAAUAUGAAUUUGAUAUAGAUAAUAUUCAAAGACUUGUAAAUUUUUCAAGAAAGCGUAAUUUUGAAGAAUUAAAGAAUGAAACGAAUGAAACUCAAAAAAAUAGAAAAUAUACUAAAGCUGAUAAUUCGGAUGAUGAAUGUUGUUGAAUAUAAUUGAGCUUAUUAAAUUUGUAUCAGCAGGAAUUAACGAAAUAAAAGAGAAUAUAUUACUAGUACCUCAUUUUGCGCUCUGUAAUAUUUGUAUUUACCUAUAAUUAUUGAUAACAAAUAAAAUUCACACAAUAACUUUUGUUAUCAUGCAGCCAAGUAGGAUUAUGUUGUUUUUAACAUACCG